GCGCCUCGUGUUCAGUCCGCGGCGGCCGCAGUCUUGCUUCGCUCCCUCGGCUCUGCCUCGCUGCUUGCCGCAUCGCAGCCACCCAUCCACCCACCUUCUGUGUUGCGAUAACGCCGGAGAUCCCCGCACUAACGAUGGGAGCCCCCGAUGGCGUAGGCAGCCGGACGCGCUACAAAGGGCUGUAGCGGUCGCGCGCGUCAACCGUUGUUGUAACAGAUAUCAUCUCCCGGCGGACUGGAUCGAGCUGCAGCUGCUUCGUCGAUGCCCGGACGGCGUGCCAGCCGUCUCCGAUAGCUCUGCGGCGAGCACUCCUCUCCGUCGCCACCGUCAUCAAGCUUCUCCGGCCACGUUCACAACGGGCUAUCCUGGUGACAAAGAAGGCGGAGCGCUGCUCGGACCACUGACAAAGCGUAAGAUUGAAUGAAAUUAUGGCCUUUGGCGAUGAGGCGUCCUGAGCAGCGUCGGGCCAGGCUCCUCCUCCCACCAGCCGGCGGCGGCCCAUGCCGACCUCUUCGUCGUGUUCGCUGGCCCUGCCGCUGCUGCAGACGGCCGACGAAGAGCACGAUGGCUACUCCGCCACCGCCGUGGACGGCAAGCCGUACGCCAACGGGGCAGCCGGCGAUGACGAAGAUGAAGACGGCUCCUCCGGCCACUCGUGGGAGCUGUACAAAGGCCUGGCCUUCUCCUCGCUGUCCAGCUUCUUCUUCUCCAUCUGCACCGUCAUCGUCAAGAGACUCAAUUACAUCUCGGCGGCCGAGCUGGCCGUGGUGCGCUUCCUCGGCAUCCUGGUGUUCACGGCGCCGCUGGUGGUGCUGAGCCGCGAGUCGCCGCUCGGGCCCCGAGGCGUGCGCCGGCUGCUGGUGCUGCGCGGCCUGCUGGGCGCCACCAGCCUGUUCCUGCGCUUCUACGCCAUCCACUACAUGCCCAUCGCCGAUGCGUCCGUCAUCAUAUUCAGCGUGCCGGUGUUCGUGUCGGCACUGGCCAAGCUCUUCCUCAAGGAACCGUGCGGGUUCUUCCACGUGGCCGCCGUGCUGGUCACUCUCGCGGGCCUCGCGCUCAUCACCAAGGUGCCGCUGCUGUUCGGAGGCGGCGCCGAACAGGGCCCCGUGCAGGCACGCGGUGUGCUCGCCGCACUCUCGUCGACCGUGUUCGGAGCCAGCGUCUACAUCGUGGUGCGCAAGGUCAAGGGCGUCCACCACUCGGUGAUCAUGUUCAACUUCGGCUGGGUCGCCAUCCUGGAGACGGCCACCAUCUCGCUGCUGACCGUCGGCCAGUUGGAGCUGCCCCGCUGCGGCAUCGACCGCUGGCUCCUCGUGGUGCUCGGGGCGUUCAGCUUCGGCGGCCAGGUGCUGCUCACGCGGGCCCUGCAGCUCGAGCAGGCGGGCCCCGUGUCCGUGGUCCGGUCGGCGGCCGACAUCGUGUUCGUGUUCGUCUGGCAGGUGGCAUUCUUCGGCGAGGUGCCCGACCGGUACACCAUGUCUGGUGCCGUGCUCGUCACCGCCUGUGUGCUCCUCACGGGCCUGCGCAAGUGGGCGCUCACGCUGCCCGAGAGCUCGGCCACCAGGGCCAGGCUCGCCUGGCUCAUCUCUUGACCACCAUCCAGCGCGGCUGUUGGCGCUUUGCCUCGCAAUAAUGGCUGAAGGGCACGCACGCUAAAGAACACCUCGUGGUGGGGCCGCGAAUAUCGAAAGCUUAUUCCGUAUCGUCACCGUGAAAACCAAUGGCGUUGUGUGUCAUGAGGCAGAUGUAUGAAGAUAAGCUAUUUGCAACCCUUUCAAACCGCUUGCAGUCGGCAGUGGUGCACUUAGACCACACAGAAGUUUCCAAAAGAAUGCGCAAACACGAGUGACUACAAAAUAUCAGCGUCACCCACGAGCAGCGAAAGCACAACACGUGAUCGCUGCCUGUCGAUCUCCAACAAAUGCAGAUUGCGCGCACUACCAUGCAUGCAUGACAGCGAACACAAGCGUGUUGGCCCUGUCCUGAAACUGCGCGUACGAAUUAGAUUUCAACGCACGCAUACGCUGCUUAGGAAGUGCAUCGUUCUGUUUGCUGCAUACUCGCGGUUAUUGAGAGAAACUGUUUGUGCCACGUAGAGUGUUUCCUAUAGGUGAUGAAGAUGUGCAUGUUUUCACCUCACUAUGUGCACUCAAGGUGUAGGUGCGCUUGCACAUGACGGGGGCUGCACAAUUAAAGGCUACGUUUUGUUGUUUCUAAAAGCCCUCCUGAAAAGAACGACGCUCCUCGGUGCUUGACAAAAAAGUUGGACAAUUAAAGCUACUCUGCUGUUGCACAGCUAAUCAACAUGUGCUAGCGACGUUGUGAUCUAGCGCGCCGGAUUCGUGAGUGCGCGAAAGGCAGCGUAGCAAGCACCAUAAGCAAGCACCAGGUAAAUACACAGAAGUGUUUCUUUUUCUGGCUAUUUGCCAACGCAUUUUCAUGUCAACAUCAGGGAUGAAUGUAUAGGUGGGCAUUUGCCACCUUCAGUUGCCACCGUGUUUCUAGGACUCUCGUGAUGCAUGAAAGACGGAGUUUCUCGAAGCUCCCUGGAUCACACCACGAACAGCUAAGUACGAAUGUUCGUGCAUUGGGACAACGUUAGGUGCGAGUGCGAUGAAGUGGCUAUAGGACAGGACUGUUACGUCUGUCGACAGUGUAGGGGUAUAUAUUUGCGUAACUUGUUGCACGGCCUGCGCGACAUUGACGUUGAAGAGACGGACCUUAGUACGAUGUUCCUCACGCUUGUGGACCUACGCGCUUUCGCCUCCUGUAGUCAGCGCCCGACAUAUCGUGCUUGUACGUUCCGUACAGAUCUAGCUGUGAUACUAAUUUUGAGAAUAUAUAUAUAUGCUCGUGUCUGCGAAUGAGAACAAAAUAAAGAACUAUUGAUGCUUGUUAGAAAUAUUGUGGUUUAUUUGU